CUUUCGAAAGGAGGUGGAGUCUGAGGUGGGGAGGGAGAAGAGGAGCGUAGGGAAAAGGAGCAAAAGGCAAACAACGGAAACGGAGAACGGCGGAGCAAUUGCCUGAAUUUAAAUUAAACAAGAAUAUAGUUGAAGAGAGGAAAGAAGAAUAAACCAAGAUGAUAACGCCCUACUUCCUAGAGAAUUUCUGGGGCGAUAAAAACAAUGGAUUUGAUGUUCUCUACCAUAACAUGAAGCAUGGCCAAAUCUCCUCCAAGGAACUUACUGAUUUCAUCAGAGAAAGGGCUACCAUAGAAGAGGUCUAUGCCAGGUCAAUGACCAAACUUGCCAAGUCAGCUGGCAACUUCUCUCAGCUUGGGACGUUUGCCCCGGUGUGGGAUGUGUUUAAGACGUCCACAGAGAAGCUGGCCAGCUGCCACCUGGAGCUAGUGAGGAAGCUACAGGAGCUUAUCAAAGACGUGCAGAAGUACGUGGACGACCAGGCCAAGGUCCACAAGAAGACGAAGGAAGAGGUGGCGUCCACUAACGGGGCAGUACAGGCCAUCCAGACAACCGGGGUGGCCUUACAGAAGUCCAAGGAGAACUACAACGCCAAAACUGUGGAUCAGGAGAGACUCCGCAAGGAGGGAGCCACACAGAGAGAAGUGGACAAGGCGGGAGUGAAGGCCAAGAAAGCCACAGAAGCCUACAAGGGCCUCGUGGAGAAAUACGCCACAGCCAAGUCCGAGUUUGAACAGAAGAUGGCUGAAACUGCGCAGAAAUUUCAGAACAUCGAGGAGAGCCACAUCGUUCACAUGAAGGAUAUCAUUCAGUCGUACGCACAGUCUGUUGACGAGACACACGUUCAGAUCGGAGAGGUCCAUACAGAGUUUUUGGGGAACAUGGAGAACACCUCUGUGGAGGGCUUGAUACAGAAACUGGCUGAAAGUAAAGGAACGGGCAAAGAGAGACCAGGUCCUAUUGAGUUUGAGGAGUGCAACACUGCCAUCGCCACUGAAGGAGCCAAACCCAGGAAGAGAAAAACAUAUGCGUUCCCUGGCCGCCGGAAAGACAACAAGGACACAGACUCCACGGAGUCGACAGAAGUUGAACCUGCUAAUAAUGCCAACGGAGCUCCUCCUGGGUACUAUGGCACCAUAGACUUCCAGAACGCUAAUGUCCCCACGGUUGACGAAGAUGGCUUCUGUAUCAGACCGGAAGACCGCAACGAAAAUGAUGCCAAAGAUAACUCGUUCUAUUCGUCGAGUGACUCGGAGGACGAGGAUGAACCCAGGAAGUUCCGCGUGGAGAUCAAGCCGGUGGCGCCCAACAACGGGACGCACCAGAGCCGAGCCUCCAUCGACGAACUCAAGGCCUCCAUCGGAAACAUCAGCCUGUCGCCACCAAACGCGGGUCAGAUGCGAAGGAAUCAAUCCAGCGAUGAGUUGGGAAAGACCAGGAUUCCAGCGUCCUUCAACGACAGUAGGCCUGCUUUCAAUAAUGACCUUCUCUCUCUGGAUCCUUUCGGCCCGACCCUGGGAGGCUCCUCCUCAUCUACAGUGCCUGCCCUGGCCAGACCCACUACUCCUCUAGCUGGGGCCCUGGUGCCUCCUCCACGACCCUCCUCCAGACCCAAACUACCCACGGGAAAACUCACAGGAAUCACUGAAAUUGUGCGGCCGUUCAGCCCGCCGAAGACGUUGUCCAACGCCAGUCUUCCUCUGGCUGCUCCUCUCGCCCGGGCAGAGAGCUCCUCCUCCCUGUCCUCCACCGCCUCCCUCAGUGCCUCCAACACACCCACCGUCGGGACGUCUCGCGGUCCCAGCCCGGUGACCCUGGCAUCCCAGGAUGCCUUGCCCAUCGCUGUGGCCUUCACAGAGUCUGUUAAUGCCUACUUUAAAGGAGCUGAUCCCACUAAGUGCAUAGUAAAGAUCACUGGUGACAUGACCCUGUCCUUCCCCAUGGGUAUCAUCAAGGUGUUCACCAGUAACCCCUCCCCCGCCGUGCUCACCUUCAAACUGAAGAGCACUUCCAAACUGGAGCAGAUCCUCCCCAACCAGACACUACUGUUCAGUGAUCCCUCGCAAAGUGACACUAAUACCAAGGACUUUUGGUUCAACAUGCAAGCUCUCACAUCCUACCUCAGGAAAGCAUCAGAGCAGAACCCUGCUGCAUCCUACUACAAUGUGGACAUCCUCAAAUACCAGGUGUCCUCUAAUGGGAUCCAGUCCACCCCUCUGAACCUGGCAGUGUACUGGAAGUGUACCCCCACCACCACUGACCUGAGGCUGGAUUACCGUUACAACCCAGAGUCCAUGCUCUGCCCCGGCCCUCUUUCCAACGUACAGGUCCUAGUGCCCGUAGACGGGGAGGUCAUCAACAUGCAGUCCCUGCCCAAUGCUGUCUGGAACUCAGAGCUGAAUAAGUCUCUAUGGAAGCUGAGUGAUAUCUCAGAGAAGUCUGACAAUGAAGGCUCGGGGUCUCUGAGGGCUAAGUUUGAGCUGUCGGAUGGCCCGUCCACCCCAACCACCCUGGCUGUGCAGUUUAUGAGCGAGGGGAGCACACUGUCAGGGGUGGACAUGGAGCUGUUGGGAGCCGGGUACAGACUAUCCCUCAACAAGAAGAGGUUUGCCACAGGUCGUUACAUGGCAGACUGUUGAGUAGGCACACCGGCCUGGACCCCCAAGCACAACGGCUCUAUUGAAAGUUUUUAUUUUCAAUAUUUUAGUCCUUUUUGUCAUAUUUAUGGAACGGGAGGGUUAGAGGGGAGAGGUGCAGCGAAUACAACAGGUUUUUGUGACACAUCCAGACAUUUUGGGAAGCGUCUUAAUAUUAUGUCCCAAUGCACCUGUCUGUCCCCGGGAAUAGAGAAGAGAGCUUCUUACUGCAGUAAAGCAGCACUGAGUAUUGAACACUGUUUAAAAAUAAUAAUAAAAUAAAAAUAAACAUUGGGCUGUCAGGAAAUGGAAAGGUAUAGAUAUUGAGAAGUGUAAUGCUUUCUGAUUUAAUUCAGACUUUUAUAAAGUCAGAAUCGUAGUGUUUUGUUAUGUAUAGGUGACAAUGUAUGGCAUAUAUAUAAAUAUAUAUAUAUUAUAUCAACAACAAAAAAUUGGGGGGAAAAUUAUGCACUAACAAUCUUUCCAGACAUUUUAUUUUCUCUCCUUUGUAAAUGUUCUGUGUAUUCCACUGAAGCUCUUGAGUAACAAAGAUUUUGUGUAAAACAGUGAGAAGAGAAGAUGUGAGAAGGCCAAACUUUCUUCCCUCACCCCUCUCUCCUUCUCUUCUCCAGUCGAAAUACGGUCGCUGAGUAUUGUACUUUAGACAUAACUCGAGAUCUCUUUUUACAGAAUUUUUUUUUUCUGGGCUCUUUCUAUUCUGAUUGUGUGCAAUGAAGAAAUUGAAGUAGAAGCUGUCUUAAACUGAACAGCUUCUCUAAAACUGUCAUGGCACAAGCUUAAUUGGUUGUAUGUUGCUUCAGACAACCAUACAAAGUACAUUUUAAGUGUUCUCGUUCAAAGGCAAAAAACAAUUUGUGGGCUGCACGUUUCGUCACAAUAUUGUUUUGAACAUUGGUUUUUAGGACGGAUGGCCGACUGAUCAUUCCACUCAAUGCAUUGUCAAUUGGUGCCGAUGAAUAUUAAUCAAAAGUGCGUUACAGUGGCUUGGAAAUAUAAUUACAUUACUAAAGAAGGCAAAUAAUUCGUAGGAAAACCUUUUGUUAUCAUUUUGAUGUUGCUAUAUUGACUUUAGAUGCAGUAUAAUGUUUGCUGGCUAGCUAAGACUGAGCGGAAUCUACCGGAUAGCUAACGUUAGCAUUGCUAGCUAUUUUUGACGAACUGUGCUAAGUAAGAAAUGUUGUUAUAUCUGCAUAAAGUACAUUUGACAACAUGAUAAUGAUGGCAAAGUUGUUUCUUACUAAAUAUUUGCCGACUUGAGCAAUGUCAUCGUAUUUCCAUGCCACUAUAGUGUAAUUUAGACAAAACGGUCAUUAGCCCCCGUUCUACAUUUGGGUAUCAAUAUGGCUGUGACGCCUAGAACAUUGAUAACAAUGGCAAUGACACGGCCGAGUGGCAGGCGCAACCCAUACUUAACUGACCUCAGUGCCUCUUCUUUACUGUGGAUAAAUUCAUAGAGAAACGUGCCUAUCUUUUCUUUCUGCCCUUUUGUAUGUUACAAAAAACACCGCUAACAAAAAAAGAAUGCACUAAUCUUGUGCCUGUUGUUGUUUUAUAAUAGUACUGUUUUCGGACAUUGAAAGGAAAAUGCCUCCAGUUUCUACACCAGUCAAACCCAAAGGCAUCUUGUCUUCCAGAAACCACUGAUCCAGUGGACUCACUGUCUCAGUUCUCUCUUUGCUACGAUGUCACCUUUUGAAAGUCUUUUCUAUCUUGGGUAUUUUUCUCUCUUUGAUCAGAGAGCGAGAGAUCUUUGUGCCCAAAAAGCCUGUCUAUUUAAGAGCACUGGGCAGCCUACUGACCUAGCUUCUUAAUCAAAAUCAGGCCAAAUCAAUUCUAGAAAUGCCUUAAGAAAAUAUACCUUGACAUCUGUUGAUGACGGUAAUAUAACGCUAUCCAGUCGGGAUAGGUUACAUACUGUAACUGCCAUGUUUGCCUGUGAGGAGAGAGACAGAGGUUCUUGGUGCUGACUCGAUGUCAUACUGAGUGAUUCAUUCUUGCCUUAUAUACCAAUGGAGGACCAGUAUCUAGACGGGCUACAUCUAGAUGGAGGGAUAUGCAUACACGUUAUGUAGCAGUUAGUUCUAUCAAUAUCACAAAGAUGUUUUUUUGUAUGCCUUUUUUAUCCAAUGCCUCCUCACCCAAAACCAUUGUUUUGACAUAGGUAUAGGUAAAUGAUCAGUAGUGUAUUGUCAUUACAAACAUUGAUCAUGGGCAUAUCAGCAACACUGUGAUUGUGGACUAUUUUCUAAAGGUCCCUCUAGGCAUUGUAGGUUACUUCAAUACUAGAUUUGUACUGUUACUGUCAAUCCUGUAUGUGGCCAUCUGACCACUGUAUCCUUGUAGACACCUGGUCUUUGGAGCAGUUAGGGUUUGAUACUGUUAACGUUCUCGCUGCUUCUGAAAUGACAGCCUAUGCCCCACAGUAUAUAGUUCAAUUAUUUUGUUUAAUAGUAGUGCACUACGGAAUAGUAGUGCACUACGCCAUUUCAGAGGCACUAUGAGUAGAUCUGGUUAAUCCAAGCCUUUCUCUUACUUGUAUAAAAAGGUGCCUUUCGUCACAUCGCUUACUAGUUCAUAUGUGAUCCGCCCAUAGAGAUAGAUAGAGGACUCAUCUCCAUAUAUAUCCAUCUCGACUCUAUGUAUCUCUAUCUAUUUCUAUUUAUUUCUGUAUCCAACCUGUCCUCAAAAAUAAAACUGUUCAGUACAACAACAAAAUACUUAGUCCAUAUGUGGCCACAGAAUUGAAUAACUAUGAGAAAGAAGUAAUUAUUGUUUAACAAUGUUGAAUCCAGAAGCAUUUUUUUAAAUAUGAUUUGUUUUGUACACAGUACGAUUCGGUCAAGAUUUUGUUUUGUAGGGCAUGGAUUAAUCUGAAUCGCCGCUGUUUUAUUGGAAAUGUUUAAAUUGUAUGUAAAAAAAUAAAAUAAUUUAAAGAUGAGGUUUGCAACCUUCAGUAGCAUUGUAGAGGCAGAUACUCACUUUAGUUGUAUGAUGGGUAAAAUAAUACACCAAAAAACUCAACAUUUAUUUAAAUCUCAAGAACACUAUGACACCAUACUGUCCCAACCAAAUGAUGUGAGGUUAUCUGAAUGGAGUUUACUAAACGAAAGCAUUAGCAGGUAGCAGGUGAGGAACGUUUAGAGUGGAACAACAUAUUCUUUGUGGCGUUCUCCUUUAAACAGCACAGGCUACUCUCGAUUCACCCCUUCGAUCAGAGAAACCCCACACAGAAACGGGAAUAUAUAUUCAACGUACAUUUAGCAAGCUGGUUCUUGCUGUCUCUACAUAUCACCCUGUGAUUUUUUUUGGGGGGGGGGGGGGGCUUGUCAUUAUGGUAAUUCUUUGCAUGUCUGUCAAAAGGAGAGUUUUAAAAAAAGCUAAAUUGUGUGUAUAUGAUUUCUCAUGAAAUGUACAUUUUUACAAAUAUCUCAGACACUUUUUUUCUGUUCUUCUCUUCAUGAUCGAUCUCAAUAUGCCUGUAUUAAAUGUGUAAUAUAUGAAUAUAUACAUGUGUAUAUAAAAAUGACUACUUAAAAUGG